AUGCCGACGGGAGACCUGGCGUAUUCCCGUCUUGUAGCCAGCGAAAGGGUAUUUUACCCCGUAAGGGACGAGAUACAGUGCCCACCACUCAACGCUCCAGCCAACGGAAUGAAGUUCGGCGGAAAUGAGUACCUGGAGACAGUUACCUUCGCUUGUACCACAGGGUAUGAGAUCGUAGGUACCAGCACUUUGGUAUGCCAGGCCGACCAAACGUGGAGCGACACAGUACCAACGUGUGUCCGUUCUCAGUGCCCCAUACUACAAGCCCCGGCUAACGGUGACGUCACGGGAAGUAAUGAAUACGGAAGCACCGCUACCUUUAACUGUGAGGUGGGGUAUCGGCUGGAGGGCAGCGCUACAAGGACAUGCAUGGCGAGCAAGACAUGGAGCGGGAUAGAGACGUCAUGUGUCUUGAAAACCUGCCCACCACUUCACGCCCCUGACCAUGGCUCAGUGAGUGGAGGCAACAGUUACGGCGACGUGGUGACGUACUCCUGUGAGACCGGGUACGACAUGUUAGGCACGCCUUCUAGAACCUGUCAGGACAGCCAACAGUGGAGCGGCAACCAGCCUUACUGUUUGAAGGUCCACUGUAACACUCUGAACCCACCGACCGCCGGUUCCAUUUUGGGCGGCAAUGAGUACGGAGAGAGUGUCCAGUUCAGCUGUUGGUUGGGCCACACACUGACCGGCAACAGAAACAGGACAUGUCAGGAGGACGGGCUAUGGAGUGGACAACAGCCCUCCUGUGUAGGUAAGACUAAGAAAACAACCUCUUUAUUAGACUAG